AUGCCAUCAAUCUCUCGUACCUUCCGGAUCCCAAUCGACGGGCAAGACCCAUCGGACACUCUCGACAUCAAACUCCACGAACCUUCUCUGACAGGCGACAAUCUCGGCCAUAAGACAUGGGUGGCUUCCUACCUACUCGCCAAACGCCUCCCCACCCUUCUCCCGCGCCUCUUCCCCGGCAUCAAACCUUCUGCCGAGAUCGACCCCCUCGAUCCCCCUCCGCCGACCAAGUACCCCAACAACCCUCACCGUCACCCCAUCCCACCUCCAAGCCCACAUCCCCGCACCCUCGAACUCGGCGCCGGCACCGGCCUCGUCGGCCUAGCGGCCUCGGCCCUCUUCUCCACCCACACGCUCCUCACCGACCUCCCCUCCAUCCUCCCAAACCUCCAGCGCAACGUCACCGCGAACGCAUCCCUCACGGCGUCCAGCGCCGUCGCGGCCGGCCCUCUCGACUGGUCGGACCCGGACUCGUACGUCCGCGGAGACGCACGCUUCGACCUCAUACUCGCGGCCGACUCGCUGUAUGCGCCUGAGCAUCCGUCGUGGAUCGUCCGGGUCAUGGGGACGCUGCUCCGGUGGGACGAGGAGAGGAGGGCGAGGGUCGUUGUCGAGUUGCCGUUCCGCAGGGAGAGGCCACCGGAGCAUGAGGAUUUGAGGGUGCGGAUGCGGGAGGGGGGGUUCGUGUUGGUGGAGGAGGGAGAGGAGGUGGGAUACGACGACUGGGAGGAGCUCAGUCCUUCGGGUGGGCAGUUGGAGGUGAAGUGCUGGUGGAGCGUAUGGCGCUGGAGGUGA